AUGCUGCCCAGCGGCCGUGAGGUUCGUGAAACGCGCUUUGGCAGUCAACUCGCGGCGGGGCCUAGUCGCGGAGAGCUCACCCUGCUCGUAGCUGGCUGUCGAGGAGGGAAAAGCUCAUUCCUUCGUCUCUUAAUCGACACAAGCGAGAUUUCUCAAGCAGCAUCAAAGGAGCAGCUACAAUCCGUCGCUCGUUUCAUUCAAGGCUGCAAUAGCCAUACUUCGUCCCUUCGUACCGCCUCAAUUGACAUUAAUGUGGACGGCUCCGACGCAUUAGCGCUCACUGUUGUUGAUACACCUUCCCUCGAUUUCAGUGACAACAUUGGCUCGGAACGCGUUGUAGCCGACACAUUACAUUUUAUAGAGUCCAGAUUAGCAGAAGGUGGAGAAGAUGAUUCGGUUGCGCAGAGCGGCGACAGAUAUGUUCAUCUAUGCGUUUACUUUCUUGACCCAGACCAUAUACUUCCUCCUUCACUCCCCGCCCCUGCAACAACUCGUGCUCGAGGGAACAGCUUUGCGCAACCGGAUCAAGAUACGGGACUGUUGGAUCUUCCAGUCAACCCUCUCUUAAGCCGACCUACCCUCCCAUUGGCGGAAAUCAGUACUAUUCGACGGCUUUCUGCUCGAGUGAAUGUGCUUCCCGUCAUUGCACGGGCAGAUUCCUUGUCAAACGAGCGUCUAGCAAGUGUCAAGCGUGCUAUUCGUAGAGAUCUUGCCGACCAUGGUAUUGGUUUCGGGAUUUUCGACGUUGAUUCAUACGAGGAUGCCUCAAAUUCGCCUCCCGCCUCCCCUGCUUCGUCGGCAUCAUUGCUUCGGCUGCCCUAUGCACUCCUUUCCCCCGACAUUUACUCCCAUAGUGACGGUGUUCAGAGAACGCCGCUCUCCCGCCAUGAGCUAUUGCUCCAGUACACUCCUUCCCCCCUCCCCCCUCCUUCGAAAAGAAAUCUCCUUGGAAAAUUCAUUCGGUCCUACCGAUGGGGUACCGUUGACGCCUUGGAUCCUGCACACAGCGACUUUGUCUCUCUCCGCACUGCCAUAUUCCAUCACAUGAAGACUCUCCAAAAGUAUACCAGAGAAUACUUAUUCGAUAAAUUUCGGAUUGAAUGUCUUCCUCAUCGCGCCAACGCUAGACCUGCCUCUCACUCACAAGCCCUUGCACCGCCGUCAACUCCGCUGUCUCUUGGACCCAGACCGAUUCUGGCAAUCGAUACGGCUCCACGCAGCGCCGUUCCCCACCGCGGCUCGACGCACUCUACUGCUCAUCGGGAGAUUGCACUCACCCCGGACGUUCAAUCUGCUCGGCUGGAGCCCUCGACCUCGGCCUACCCAGCCAAAGCCUCCUCCUCUGGUUGGUCAUCUCACGCCCGUCACUUCUUUUUUGGUUCGCUGAACAGUCAAGCAACAGGCACCGUCAAACCACGUAGCAAAAAAAUCACCGUUGCCUGCAAUUUUUGUCGCUCUAGAAAACUCAAAUGCGAUGGCGGCCGCCCGUCAUGUGCUCAAUGCUUAAAACGAAAUAAUCCAUGCGACUACAUGCCACAAAACAAACGACGUGGUGGCGGCGGCGCAGCUCGAGUAGUCAAAGGCGAGGAGAGCGACAGUGAGAGCGCCGACGACCGGUCGCCUGAUCCGUCCCUUUCACCUGAAAUUUCGUCAAGAAGGGGCUCAAAUUUCGAGACCUCACCUGCUAUAUCACUUCUGGGUGAUCGCCGCGACGAACUCCCACCGAUAACGGCGUACUCUUCAUCUGGGUCCGGAGAACAACAGCCUUCACCCACGACACCUGGCCCGAUGUCAGCACCCUCUCUACAGCCUCUCAGACAGGCUUCUGAGCAGCAGCAACGGAAGCGGUCAGCCACGGUACCGGGCAAAAGUACUCGUCUACCAUCGACGACAGGGCCCAAGGUCGUCGCGUGUAAUUUUUGCCGAGCUCGGAAAACUAAGUGUGAUGGGGCAACACCUCAAUGCUCCAGUUGUGUGCGACGGAUGCUACCUUGCAACUAUGUCCACGACCCAAAUAGCAAUGGUCAACGCAAAACUCCACGGAAGCCGUCGACAUCAAAGGAGUCCAUGAGAUCAAUUUCUCCGGCUUCGACGAGACCACUCCCGGCACCGUCUAGCGCUAACUAUGAGCAGGAUAUGAUGGAACUGGAUUUGAAGCGAUCAUUAGAGCACUCGGACGCUGGUCGUCCGAGCCCCCCCAAGAAAAUUAAAACAAGCUCACUGGAGAUACCCUAG